AUGAGUGAUACUCCUACACCUCAAAUAAUUGAUCCACAUAGUAUCAUAGUAAAAAAAUCAUCAACAUCUGAAAUUGAAAUCUUUCGUAAACCAUUACCACCUUCAUUAAGACGUCAAAAGCGAAAAACUCUUGAUGAAGAAAAGUAUGUUCAAGAUUUAUCACACAUAAUUGAACGUGAUUUUUUUCCCAAUAUUGAAAAACUAAAAGCACAAGAAAAGUAUCUUACGGCAUUAGCUACGAAUGAUGUUGUGACGUUAAGAGAACUGCAGUUGAAAUACAGUAUUUAUCGUGGUCCAUCACCGUCUCCAACAAUGGGUGCAAAAGAUACACCGUCAAAUUCAUUCGAAACACCGUUAGAAAAAAUGCGUGAUACUCCAAAAACUCGAAAAGAUGAACAUUCAAAACAACAUAUGAUAGAAGAGGAAGAAGAUGAAUGUAAUGAUGAUGAUAACGGCGAUAACGCUUCAACAACAACGACAAAGAAAAAGAGAGCACGUGAUCUGACGUUGGAUAAUUAUUUGAAUUUAAAUACAAGUGAAGAUAAUAUAUCGUUUGAACAAUUAAUGGAUGAAAAAGAGAAAAGAGAGAGAGCAAAACUGCAUCAGGCAUGGUUAUUUGAACAACAACAUUUAAGAAAAAUGGAACAAGAAACACAAUUGGCACUGCCAUCUGUGGAACAACAAGCAAUCACAAAUAAUCCAGGAACCAUAGUAACAUGGCCAUAUACAGCGAAGAAUGCCGUAAUGUAUUAUCCAGAAGGAUGUGAACUGACAUCAGCUGAAAAAAUUGAACAUGCUAAACGUGUUCGUAGUAUACAACAUCACAAUACACGCUUUGUCCAAGAUCCAUUUGCUAUAACAGAUUCAACAUCAAAAAUCACCACAUCUCGUAAACAAGCCAUACAAAUUGAUAUUGACGGUUCCGAAAUUAAAUCAACUGAAACUCCUAAAGUAAACGGUUAUGGAUUUGUUGUUACACCAUCACCGAUGCCUGGUCAACACGGCGAUGAGAGUCCAGUGAUGACGUGGGGCCAAAUAGAGGGUACUCCAUUCUGUUUGGAUGGUGAUACAUCACAAGUACUUGGCCCAUCAUUUAAAAUUAAUACAACACCACUACGAGAGCAACUAGCAAUGGAAUUAGUUGAAAAAGCAUCUCAACAACAUCGUAAACGAAAAUUAGAAGCGAUUAAAACGAUAAAUAAAAAUUUCUCAACAACAUCUAAACAACAACAACAAACAAAACAAGAACUUGUAUCGAAUAUGUCACCUGCAGCUCAACGUCUAUUGACAUUACGUUUAGGUGUGAAUAGAACUAAUUCAUCAUCAGUAAAUAAUCGAUCGAACAUGUUUACACCGUCUCCUAUUCAUCGUACAUUUCAUGGAAACAGUCCAAGAACACCCUCAAGUCUGGGAAUAAUAAAACAUCAGCAGUCGUCUCCAUCAACACAAGGACUCACUGAUAAUUUACUUAAUCUAAGACGUUAA